AUGCAGCCUCGGCCCGGUUGGGCCCUCCUUUCACUUGCCACCCUUAUGGGCUUUCACCGUAGUAGUACUGUAGCAGCACAACAACACGAGCACAGCUCAUUGGAUGAUGACCCAACAGUCCCACUCCACGUCCCCGUAAUGCUAUGCAAUAACAACACCGAUUUUCAAUGUGUCUGCGCCGGCGACCCGGCCGAGCUCGACCAGCCGAAGAUACAGAAAAUUGCCCGUUUCAAACGGUCGUCCACCUCGAAAAAGCCGGCAAAGUCACAGAUUGCUCGAUGCGAGACGUUUAUGGAGAUCAAAGACCUCCCCGUGGUCGACAUGCGAUUACGGCAUGUAAAUCUGCAGACGAUCGUCAAGGGCUCCGAGAGCUACGAAGUGUACUUUAAGCGGCGGAUCGCGUCGAUCAUCUCGGCCUACUGUGAGCACCGGGCGAACGAGUGCCCCGGGGUCAGCUUGCGGCUCACCAAGGAGGAGAUGAUGUCCCCCGACGGCGUCCUGUACAACAUCGACCCGUCCGAGCCGGUCAUUACGCAGGAAAACGUAAUCAUCGUCCGGGUCGUGCCCGAGCCUCGCAACUACACGAGGAUACAGUUUGCGGUCGCGAAACAUGGCGUAUUUUUCAAGCUCAACGACAAGACGCUCAUCGAUCCGGUUAAGAUCAAAUACAUCCUCGGUUCCCAAGUUGGCCCACUUUCACGGAUACUCGGCGGGAUUCGGAUCGACAGCGUCCGCGUCAGCCAUAUCCGCCGGGUGCUGUCGAAGGCAGAUACCGACAACUCGAAGCUGUUGUGGCUGCUCUAUGGGGUCGCGGCGUUUUUCGUGAUCUGCUGGACGAUCGGAGCCAUCAAGAUCUAUAGAAAUCGCGAGGAGAAGAAGCGUCGUGCCCGUGAGAAGAAGGCGAGCGAGGAGAAUGCGAUUGCCCGAAAGCCCGUCAACGAUUAUGGCAGCAUUGCUCCGGAGCAGCGGAGCAGAAGCCACAGCAAGAGCGAGCGGGGAAAGAGCGCCGAGAAGAACCAGAUAAUCAAGCCCAACGGCAGCUGCCGAGAGGAGCGACCAGCGGCGAUAAUCGUGGGCGGGUAUACGGAGAUUGACGAGCCGGUAUCAAAAACACCAUCCGGACCUCGGAUAGACGACCGAGCUGCGCGUCAAAUGUUCGCCUGUGACCCCUCCCAGUUGCCGAAGGAGAUGUCCUUCGAUGUGUAUGACGAAGCCCAGCUGCCUGUUUCGGAUCGGGUGACGCCGGACAGCCGCGGCGCGGACACUGAUGCUCAAUAUAUUAUAGAAGCCCGCGCCCCCAGCUCAGCCGUCACUCCGACAGACGCGUCUGCAGAUUUCUCGCGUAGCUUGACGCCUACGCUUGACGCAGUCACGCAGACGAAUAUGAUGGCGCCACCAGUGCCAAUCUUGGUGAUGCAACCAUCAUCCAAUUCCCUCUUCGAAACCUCACAACUCCCCGACCACAACCCAGCCUCUGCCUCAUCGUCCACAGGAUUCGGAUGUCUUCUCGGGGCCGACGACCCGUACGCACGACCUGCGUCGCGACGCGGCAGCCGAGCAGAUGAGAUCGACAUCGAUGAAAUCCUGGACAUGCGGGAACGAAGGGAGAGCAUGGAGAAGCCGAGUGGCAUCCCCUUGCCAAGCCACUUAGAGAAAGAGAAUAAGCAGAAUGAAGAGGAAUGGUCUUCCAGCGAAGAUGAAGCGGAAAUCUAUUACAAAAUGAGCGAAGAUGAGGAGGAACUGGGAGAUGAUUGGAAGCCUUUGGCAUCAAAACCCAAGCUCCAAAACGGGAUCCCGAUCCGGCCACAGCGAGAAUCAUCACGAGAGAAGAAGACGACGAAGAGCAUUCGGACGUAUCUGAUUCCGAAGCUUCAAGCGAUGAUGAAGUCGAAGUCCCCCCUGUUCAAACCAAACCCCCCGCGGGAUACGGUAACGGAAGUGGAAGCCGAAGAAGCGCCAGAGGAUGAGGGAUAUGCCUAUGAACGAUUACCAGAAGAAGAUAUCCAUGCCACUGCCCCA